UAUUGUACCCGAAGAAGGAAAGAGCAAAAACAGAGAAUGACAAGCGAAGAAGAGAGUGCGGUGAAGGAGCCUUUGGAUUUGAUAAGGCUCAGCCUCGACGAACGUAUUUAUGUCAAGCUCCGCUCUGACCGUGAGCUCCGUGGCAAGCUCCAUGCUUAUGAUCAGCAUUUGAAUAUGAUUCUAGGGGAUGUUGAAGAGGUUGUUACCACAGUUGAAAUAGAUGAUGAAACCUAUGAGGAGAUUGUUCGGACUACAAAGCGCACUGUUCCAUUUCUCUUUGUAAGGGGAGAUGGAGUCAUACUAGUUUCUCCACCUCUACGGACUGCUUGAUUAGGAGAAGGGAAGUUUCUAGCACACUUUCUGGGAAUGGAUCACCUUUUGUCGAAUUUCUUAAACUA